AUGGGGCUGCCUACUCUGGAGUUCAGCGAUUCCUACUUGGACAGCCCAGAUUUCAGGGAGCGCCUGCAGUGUCACGAGAUUGAGCUGGAGCGAACCAACAAGUUCAUUAAAGAGCUCAUUAAGGACGGCUCUCUGCUCAUUGGGGCGCUGAGGAAUCUGUCUAUGGCAGUACAGAAAUUUUCCCAGUCACUGCAAGAUUUCCAAUUUGAAUGUAUUGGUGAUGCUGAAACAGAUGAUGAAAUUAGUAUUGCUCAGUCACUAAAGGAAUUUGCAAGACUACUCAUUGCAGUAGAAGAAGAAAGGAGGAGACUGAUUCAAAAUGCUAAUGAUGUAUUAAUUGCUCCACUUGAGAAAUUUCGCAAAGAACAGAUAGGUGCAGCAAAAGAUGGAAAGAAGAAGUUUGAUAAGGAAAGUGAAAAGUACUAUUCUAUUCUUGAGAAACAUUUAAAUUUGUCUGCAAAGAAAAAGGAAUCUCAUUUGCAAGAGGCAGAUACACUGAUUGACCGAGAGCAUCAAAAUUUUUAUGAAGCAUCAUUAGAAUAUGUCUUUAAAAUUCAAGAGGUUCAAGAAAAAAAGAAGUUUGAAUUUGUUGAACCGCUUUUGUCAUUCUUGCAGGGUUUAUUUACUUUUUACCACGAGGGAUACGAACUCGCCCAAGAAUUUGCACCAUAUAAGCAACAGCUUCAGUUCAACUUGCAGAACACAAGGAAUAAUUUUGAAAGUACUCGACAAGAAGUAGAGCGGUUGAUGCAAAGAAUGAAAUCUGCCAACCAAGAUUACAGACCACCCAGCCAGUGGACAAUGGAAGGCUAUCUUUAUGUCCAGGAGAAACGGCCGCUUGGUUUUACAUGGAUUAAACAUUAUUGUACAUAUGAUAAGGGAAGUAAAACAUUUACAAUGAGUGUUUCAGAAAUGAAAUCCAGUGGGAAAAUGAAUGGCCUCGUUACUGGUUCACCAGAAAUGUUUAAAUUGAAAUCUUGUAUCCGACGGAAGACAGAUUCAAUUGACAAACGAUUCUGCUUUGACAUAGAAGUAAUUGAAAGGUUUGAGAUUUACACCCUGCCUGCCAUUAUUAGCAAGAAAGAAGAAAUGUAUUUAAAUGAAGCAGGGUUCAAUUUUGUGAGAAAAUGCAUUCAAGCUGUGGAAACAAGAGGCAUCACUAUUUUAGGCCUCUACCGAAUAGGAGGAGUGAACUCCAAAGUUCAGAAACUCAUGAACACAACAUUUUCUCCAAAAUCCCCUCCUGAUAUUGACAUUGAUAUUGAAUUGUGGGAUAAUAAGACAAUAACAAGUGGGCUGAAAAACUACCUCAGGUGCCUUGCAGAACCACUGAUGACUUACAAGUUACACAAAGAUUUUAUUGUUGCAGUUAAAUCUGAUGACCAAAACUACCGGGUGGAGGCUGUACAUGCAUUGGUGCACAAAUUGCCAGAAAAAAACAGAGAGAUGUUGGACAUCUUAAUAAAGCACCUUGUCAAAGUAUCACUACACAGCCAACAAAAUCUCAUGACUGUCUCAAACCUUGGUGUCAUAUUUGGCCCAACUCUAAUGCGAGCACAAGAAGAAACUGUGGCUGCCAUGAUGAAUAUUAAAUUUCAGAAUAUUGUGGUUGAAAUUCUGAUAGAGCACUAUGAAAAGAUUUUUCAUACUGCCCCAGACCCAAGCAUUCCUCUUCCUCAGCCUCAGUCUCGAUCUGGAUCCCGAAGGACAAGAGCAAUCUGCCUUUCCACAGGUUCCAGGAAGCCCAGAGGAAGGUAUACACCGUGCUUGGCAGAACCUGACAGUGACUCUUACAGCAGCAGCCCAGACAGUACGCCCAUGGGGAGCAUCGAGUCCCUCUCCUCUCAUUCCUCUGAACAAAACAGCACAACCAAGUCUGCUUCCUGCCAGGCCAGGGAGAAAUCUGGAGGAAUUCCUUGGAUUGUAUCCCCAUCACCCUCCAAUGGACAGAAAAGUCUUGGACUCUGGACAACUAGUCCUGAAUCAAGUUCUAAAGAGGAUGCAACCAAAACAGAUGCAGAAUCAGAUUGCCAGAGUGUUGCCUCGGUCACCAGCCCCGGGGAUGGUUCCCCACCCAUAGACCUGGUCAAGAAAGGGCCUUAUGGGCUUUCAGGACUGAAAAGAACCUCCGCUUCUUCUCUCAGAUCCAUCUCUGCAGCUGAAGGAAACAAGAGCUACUGUGGAUCCAUUCAAAGCUUAACUUCUGUAGGUUCCAAAGAGAUGCCCAAAGCCCCACCAAACCCAGACCUGCCUCCAAAAAUGUGCAGGAGGUUAAGGCUAGACACUGCCUCAAGCAAUGGCUACCAGCGACCUGGCUCUGUUGUGGCAGCAAAAGCCCAACUGUUUGAAAAUGUUGGUUCACUUAAACUGGAUUCUUCUGGGCGCCAAGCCAAAGCCAUGUACUCUUGUAAAGCAGAGCACAGCCAUGAACUUUCUUUCCCACAGGGGGCAAUAUUUUCUAAUGUAUACCCAUCAGUGGAACCAGGAUGGUUGAAGGCAACUUACGAAGGCAAAACAGGACUAGUUCCAGAAAAUUAUGUUGUCUUCCUCUAA